AGGCGCGGCCCGCCCCGCGCCGCGCUCCAGGGCCCCGGGCGCCGCCCGCGCACCCACCUGCCCACCCGCGCACCCACCCUCGCAGCCGCCAUGGGGAAGGACAAGAAGCCCCGUGGGCCGCAAAGGCAGGGGGGGCCGCCGGCCGCCGACGCCGCCGGGCCCGACGACAUGGGGCCGAAGAAGGGCAAGGGGGCCCCCAAGGAGCGCGGGGAGGAGGAGGCCCGGACGUGCUGCGGCUGCCGGUUCCCGCUGCUGCUCGCCCUGCUGCAGCUGGCCCUGGGCAUCGCCGUGACCGUGGUGGGCUUCCUCAUGGCGAGCAUCAGCUCCUCCCUGCUAGUCAGAGACACUCCAUUUUGGGCUGGGAUCAUUGUCUGCUUAGUGGCCUAUCUUGGCUUGUUUAUGCUUUGUGUCUCAUAUCAAGUUGACGAACGAACAUGUAUCCAGUUUUCUAUGAAACUGCUGUACUUCUUGCUGAGUGCGCUCGGCCUGACGGUGUGUGUGCUGGCCACGGCCUUUGCUGCCCACCACUAUUUGCUGCUCACACAGCUUACCUGUGAGACCGCACUCCACUCCUGCCGGUGCCAACUGCCCUCCUUGGAGCCACUCAGCAGGACCUUUGUUUACCAGGAUGUGACUGACUGUGCCAGCGUCACUGGCACUUUCAAACUGUUCUUACUCAUCCAGAUGAUUCUUAACUUGGUCUGCGGCCUUGUGUGCUUGUUGGCCUGCUUUGUGAUGUGGAAACACAGGUACCAGGUCUUUUAUGUGGGUGUCAGGAUGCGCUCCCCAACAGCUUCCAAAGGCCAGCAGCAAAAGGCCUAACAUUGUUGCUCAGAGUUGGGAGAGAAAACAGCACACUGACUAGCUGAGGUUAAAAAAAAAACAAAACCCUUUUUUUAAAAGAAAGAAAUGAAAGAAAUCCCUUUUGACAAUACAUAAUAUUUGCUGUUCUAAAUGAAUAUUUUUAUAUUUUUCAAGCAACAAAAAAGACUUUCUUCAGGUUUCUAUUACAUUUUUUAACAAUCUUGUGAGGAAAACAAGAUCCAAAUUGAUUUGGGGAUAUGAAAAGUUAAAAGAACACUGAGCAGGGAAAGAGUGGCAUGGAUCUGUCUUUACGGGCUGGAAUUUAUUCCUAAUAUUCGUUUUAUCCAUUACUUAUAUAAUCUUCCUUAGCAUAUUUUGAUGGUGUGAGUUGGUGUUUCAGGCCCACUUGCUAAACGUUGUAGGAUCUUCCUUGGGUCCUCACCACCUGCCACCAUUAUCCUGUGUGUUGGAGAAACGCAGGGGGUAGGAGAAGAGUUGAACGCCAGGUUGAAUCUCUUUGUUUUCCCUGGUGGGGAUGUCUGCAAGGCAGAACUAGCCUAAAGAGCAGAGCAGAAAAGGAAGAGACUUGGCAAAAGGCUAAACAAUGAUAAACACCUGGGCUGGGGCGGCACCUCUUCCACUCUCUUAGUUCAGCUCUGUAAGUAAAUCACUUGCUAAAUGCUUUGGAUGAUUGUCUGCUUCUCAGUAAUUGAAAGGUGGUGGUAGUUGUAUUCUUAACAAUGUAGAAGGUUUAAAAAUAAUUACAUUAUGCUUCUAUUCUAUCGCCUAAAACAAAUCAUUAAAACUAAUGUCUAGCUAAUUGUUAAUUAUAAUUAUGCACAGACGUCUAUUUAAUGAGCUCUGGCUGUACUUAGGCAGCACUGUCGGUGUUAAGAGAAAUUAUUCUCACAAGAGAAGAGGCCUAAGGAUUCUUUCUUCUGGAAGCCAAACAAUUACAAGGGAAAAAAGUUUUUUUAAAAAUUACUAGCUCAGGUUAAAAACACAUAUUUAAGCAAAAGCAAGAGCAUCUGUAAUAGGAAAUGUUUACACAAAUAGCACAUUUGUGAUCUGUUGAAAAGUAUGUCUCUUGGCAACUAAGUACGCCUGAGGAAGACUGGGUAAUGCCUAAUGCUGAUCUGUUCUGUUCACGCAGCUAUAGUUGAUAUGUAAUCCUAUUAUUGAUUUGUAUGCACAGUCAACCUAGAGACUCAAAAUACUGUUUUGAAGUCCUUAUUUGAGCAAUGUGUUCAUCGACUUGGAGGGUAGUUUUGUUUUGUGACUGUGGGUAUGACUUGAAGCACAAGUUCCCUAUGGUGGGACACUUCUCUCUGCUAUUAUUGUUACUAUUAAAUUCUUAACAAUGUCAACAUUUUAAGAAAGGAGCUCAAGAUGGAAAUUCAUGCAGCAUAAAUGUUACCAUGAAACUUCUUUAUAUAGGAUGUAAUGUCAAAAGUGGAAAUUCAAGGUAAUAAUUGAGCCCAAUUUACCUCUCCAAAUUGCCUACUGAUAUCCUUUACUAAUCAUGAAAUUCUACCUGAAAAGAAAAACAUUUUCUUGUUUACCUUAGAAGAUAGAUGAAUAAUUCCAUUGACUGUGUUAAUGAUGUCCAUUUCUACACAAUGUAAAUAUCCAAAUAAAAAGGGAAAUGUUAAGUCAGGAA